AAAUAUCAAUCAACCGGAGGCAUAUAUCGUAAAUUUCCUCUUUAUCCAGGGCUAUUUCGGUCGUCCCUCGGUCGUCCUCUCCAGGAGUUUGCCUUCACUUUCUCUGGAAUGAAUUCGGAAAACCAUUCCCCGCCGGUUCUAGGGUUUCUUUCUUUAAUUUCGACAUAACGGUGCAGCAGGGGUGAUCUUAAUUCAGAAGUCCGACGAUAAAUAGAAGCUAGAACCAGGGUUUAUUCUUCAUUAGGCUUCCUCCCUCGCGGCUGUGAUGCGGCAAGGAUGCCUGAAACGAAUAGCCGGUCACCAAUCUACGGACGUGCUAAUCGGAUGCAAUCCAUGAAUAUACCGAACCAGAUCGAAGCUGAAGAUGGCAGUGCGGUUGGGGAUUCUAUCGACAAUCCUCAUAUCCGCUACGAAGCUCACACUCUCGAUGAUGGUGGUAUCGGGGGUACCGUUGAGGUAAUGGACACUGUUGAUGAAGUUCCUGCGGAUUCCGCCUUCCUCAGUGGCGCUAAUUUCGUCUUGCCCUCUCGAGGUGAGGGCAUGGAUCAGUUGACCCUCUCGUUUCAGGGUGAAGUUUACGUGUUCGACGCUGUUUCCCCAGAAAAGGUACAAGCGGUGUUGUUAUUGUUGGGAGGGUAUGAAGUACCUUCUGCAAUGCAUGGUGUUCCAACCUCUCAGCCUCAGAAGGGUUUGGUUGCGUAUCCACGACGUUCAAGUCUAACUCAGAGAGCUGCUUCUUUAAGUAGGUUUCGUGAAAAGAGAAAAGAGCGAUGCUUUGACAAGAAAAUCCGUUAUACUGUCCGAAAAGAGGUUGCUUUAAGGAUGCAGCGUAAAAAGGGUCAGUUCACAUCAUCUAAGGUAAGUUCUGAUGAAAUGGGUUCGUCAAGUGGUACACCAGGUUCUGGACAAGAGGAUUUGCAACAAGAAACUUUAUGUCUACACUGUGGCACUAGCUCAAAGUCCACUCCUAUGAUGCGUCGUGGGCCAGCUGGCCCCAGGACCCUGUGCAAUGCAUGUGGACUUAUGUGGGCAAACAAGGGGACUUUAAGAGAUCUUUCGAAGGCUUCGACUGUUGGAGCCCAGGAUCAUCCUGUUGUGAACCCAACUGGACAGGUUUUAGCUAUUGAAUCUGCUGUCGGUACCACCAGAGAGAUAACCGCAGAAGUUGUUACUUCCUCUAAUGGAGAUAACUCAACUGUGACAGCGGCACAUUAACUGUUAUGCUUCAAUUCCUUCCCCAUUGGCAAGGCCAUUUAGGUUGCCACUAACAUCAGAUCUCAAAGGAAUAGAAGGUUUUCCAUUAAUUUCUUCCGGCUCGCUGUUAUAGAUUGUACAGAUGAUCUAGUGUUUUGAUAAAUACAUGAGAUCAUUUUCCUAGCUUAUAUUGUUCACCAAUAUUUUCAUAUUAAUAACUAGUAAGGCUCAAUUUGGCGUC